GCACAGGGAAAGGGGAAGAAGGAGAAAAGAAGAAGAGUUGGGUGUACGGACACAAAGGCCAUCAGGAGUUUGCACUCAGAGAGAGUGUGUAGGGUUUAAUUCCUUCAGAGGAGAAGUGAUGCAAAGAUGCCUCUUGGUGCCAGAGUGCCACCGAGGUCAUCUGCUAGCUGUGCUAAGAUGAAGACCACACGGAGCACCUGGACUCCUCUCAACCACCCGGUGUCCAACAGCAAGGUGUUUGAAGAGAGGCGGAACCUUCUGGCAAAGUGGUUCGACAGGUGGUCUGACGGCCAGAGGAAGGCGGUGCUGCAGGACUUAGUGCUGAGCUGUUCGGUGGAGCAGCUGAGCUUCCUGAGCGUCAGCGUGAGCACACGGCUCCCCCUGCAGGCCGCAGACCUCUCCUGCCUGCUACCCAGAGCCCUCUGCCUCUACCUCUUCUCAUUCCUGGACCCACGCAGCCUCUGUCGAUGUGCCCGGGUGAGCUGGCACUGGAGGAGCAUAGUGGAACUGGACCAGCUGUGGAUGCCCAAGUGUGUGAGGCUGGGCUGGUGCAUCAGCUUCUCCCCCGGCCCGUUGGAGCAGGGCGUCUGGAAGAGACACUACAUCCAGACUGUGCAGGAGCUGCAACUCACCUCGCUGCAGGUCGGGAGAUCAGAUCCAGAGCCAGCUCACCGGUCACAUAUCAAGUACUAUGGCUCAGGACAAACCCUCAUGCAGAACAGAGCGAUGUUACAGUGUAAUGUCCACCUCCAGGCCACCUCAUCCCAGCAGCAGUAUGUGGUUCCACACGUUUCCGCCGUCAGCAGGAGACGUGAAGAUCCGUCCGGACCGGCCUUCAUGGGUGAGGAGCCUUCAGCGCCCAUCACCCCAUCAGCUGGAGGCAUCUCCAGGACGGGAUCAAGAGGAGAGAAGCAGCCGUGGAGAGACUCUGACAGACGUCCCACAGACACACUACGCUUCAACUACCUGGACAACCUGGACCCCAGUGAAGAAGCGCUCCGAGCGGCAGUGAACAGCGGAGCCUCCGCCCGCCGCAGCAACGCAUGGAGGCCAGGCGACGGCAGCCAGAGGACACUGUCUGAGGCGCAUUACAAGCUGCGCAAAGCCAAGUCGCUGAUGUUCCUCAGCUCCAACUGCAGACCCCAACAUCCUCCUCUUCCUCCUCCUCCUCUUCCUCCUCCUCUUCAUCAUCCUGCUCUUCCUCCUCCUCUUCAUCAUCCUGCUCUUCAUCAUCCUCCUGAGACCCAAUCGCGACCAUCUUGGGCGUCUCACAGUCUCGACCUCCCCGUCACCAAGGAGACCGCCAUGGGCAUGCUGCGCCUCACCCGGUGGAACGCCGGGAUCCGUCCGGGGCCGGUGAGGUCGGCGGUGCCCCGGCUGAGCGUGGAGGCGCUCAGGGCGUCCCGGCGCUCCCACCGGAGUGCUCCCACUACACCACUGUCCUGGACUGGGUCUGCUCCACACACACAUCAGCAGGACGUCAGAACCACAGCUUCAGGACCAGAUUCACAGCCACAGCUCUACAGUCGGAAGGUGUAGUUUGAUGUAUAUUUGUACAUGGAAUGCAUUCUACAAAUACUAUUCAUGUGCAUGUUAUUGAGUAAAGGCAGCACUGGAUGGAGAUGAGGAGAGACAUUCUGAUGACAUCUUGAUGUUUCAUGUCAUUAUUAUAAGAGUAGACUUGACUCCUAAUGUAGAACUUUAAAUAAGUUCCCAGGGUUUCACACAAGGAACAAAACGCUUCUUGAAGAAGAAAACCACUCAUGAACAUGGAAAGAUUUUGUUAAAGAGGCAGUUUUUAGCACAAGCUGUAAAUAAAGUUAAUAGCCUCGUCGUUAUUAUAGGACGGCAUCUUAUAGAAUAUUUUAACAGUUCUGCUCAGUAAUGAUGUCUCACAUUUAAACAUAGCGUAUAAAGGAUAGGAUGACACGAAAAUGCUAAACACUCGUCUGUGAAUAUUUCACAUCAAAACUGAUGUGAAAUAUUGCAACAGUUGCAUCACUUUUUCAGUAAAAGAUUUGAAUAGACUCAUACAGCCAGAGACCCAACGAGGAUCAGAGCAGCGUCCAGUCUGUCUGAGCUCAGCUGUUGUAUAACCUGAACUACUGUAAGAUAAUAAAUUGAUGACUCUACUUUUAGCAGAAUGCUCUGGUAAGCAGUUACACAGUGUGUAUGUCUAGGGCUUUUAUUGUGAAAGGUAAGAACAGGAUGAGUGGAUCUGGUCUGUGCUGCUUUUGUAAAGAUUGGAAGGUCCUGGUUCAGGACUACUGAGCCUCUGUGUUGUUGUACAAUAUAUUGUAUGUUUUCAAUAUGUCUGUUUAACACAACGUGAUUGGUUGACAUCUUUAUUUGCAAUGUGAAAGCUCAGAAAAAAUGUAACUUAUUACUAAAAAAAAAAAAAUCACGCCACUUUUUUGCAGCGUCUGGUAUGAACAAAACCACUCUAGUAUGUCAAAAACAGUUUGCAAAAAUUUAUCAACUUGCAAAUGAAUCGCAUAAAAUACCCCCUAGUAUGUGAAGACCUUAACGGUGCUUGUUUUUGAUAGCUUUGAGCAGAUGUAAUUGUUUAAAUGUCCACUGUGGCUGUUUGGAUGAGCUGGUCCUCUCACAGUCCUGAUGAUGAUUACAAUAAAUGAACAGUUCUUUCAUUUCAAGCUAGUAUAGGCUGUCCUGUGUGGAAUGUAACAAAGUAAAGUUACUAAAGUACUGUUUCAAGUACACAUUUUUACUUGUACUUUACUUGUGCAUUUCUUUUCAUGCUUUCUACUUCUACAGUGUACUUUUUACUUCACUACUUUAUUUGAUAACUUCAGUUAUUUUACAAAUGAAUUAUUAUUUUUUUUUUUUACAUACAAAGAGCGAAUAAAGUAUUUUUGUUAUAACUUAAUUACAGCCUGAAUGAUAAUUCAACUAAAAAAACGUUUUUUCCUUAUUUGUGCAAAACUGUGGAUUUAUUGCUUUUUCCUUUCAUUGUAUGAAUAAUAAAUAAGUUCAAUGAA